AUGUCCUUCCCGACUCGAUCACUCUCGACUCGACUCCCGGGCGCGGGGUCGCAAAACGCUUCCGCGGGCCCGUCACCCAUGCUGGUAGCGCGCAUCGCAGAAAAGAAGGCAGAGCUGGAGCACUUGAAGGAUUUGCGCGAUCUCAGUGCUGCCGUCGCAGGCCAGAUGGAAGCACUGGAGCAGAAAUUGUCAACGCUUUCUGAUGGCACAGAAGCGAUUGCUAUGGUAAUCAGCAACUGGCAUAACGUCCUACGCGCUAUCAAUAUGGCAUCCGCCCAACUUGCCAAGCCACCUCCGCAAGAAGAAACGUUGGAAUCGGAGGAACCCAACAUGUCUCUGCCGCAGACACUGGUUCGCAUUCCGACAGAACACGCUCCAACGCUUCAGGCGCAGGCCGAAAACGCAGCAGAGAAUGCAGAGAGUAGUAUGGGUACGCCAUGA